UAGAGAGACAUAUCCUGAGCGCGAGGGAGAGAGAGAGCGAGAGAGAGAGGAAGGAGCGGGGAUAGAAGAGAGUGUUUCAGCGAAGAAAAGCACAGUUUGCAGGAGGAGCGCGCAGAGGCUGCACGUUUCUUUGCUGCGGAUCAGUUUUACGCACGCACGCUGGAGCUGCCUCUUCCAGGAGAUCUUGUGUUAUCUUUUGCGCAAGAACGGACUGUUAUAGUGGCAGUAUAUUAAGAAAAUCAUCAAUGGGAAAAUGUUUUUUUCUUUUUAAAUCAUUUGUCCUUUUACCAAGCAAAUGCGCAAUUGGGAAUUAGGAUAUUUUAUCGAGACGAAGAGGAAACACUUUUGUUCAUGUUAUGUCAAACUUAAUAGUCCUCGGCAAAGGUUUCUGUUGGUUCGUGGUGGUUUUAACCAAUGAUUUCUACUUUGUUUGAAAUUUAUGAUUUUGCCUGUCAACAGUGUCAGUGAGGUUUAUAUUGCCACGCGCGUUGAGACUGACGGGGAAACAGUGCUGCCGACUGUGCGCACAGCAAUGGAUUCUGAGGCUUUAAAUAUGUGUUUAGAGUAGAUAUUGCGCAGAUUUCAGAUCCUUCCGAUCUUUAAAAUAAGAAGCAAACGUGGACAAAGCUCGUACAAAUAGUGGACAAACUUUGCGAUAUUCUUGGAGAGCCCAGUGAACGCAACCCGGCAUUUGUGUUGGAUGUUGGCCACUACUUGUGUUGCGCCUCAAAGAAAAAGAGAACUGUGAAAAAGGAGAGGAAAGGUGGACUUUGGACUGCAGCGUUGUCUCAGAUAAACAAAAUAAAACCACAAAGGAGGAGAAUAGGUGUUUUUUUCUCCACAUCCGAGGGAAAAAGAUGGAUUUAUUCAUAUGGCUUUGUGGAUGUUUACUGGCUUUUCUCUCGCCUUCAGCAGUCCAAGCAGACGAAGGAGCUUCUGAGCCAUGCGGUGGCUAUUUAGAUGCCAGCGAUGCCGGCUACAUCACCACCCCCGGCUACCCACUGGAGUACCCACCUCACCAGAACUGUCGCUGGGUCAUCACAGCCCCCGAGCCCUCACAACGCAUCGUCCUUAACUUCAACCCGCACUUUGAGAUCGAGAAACUGGACUGCAGGUAUGACUACGUAGAGAUCCAUGAUGGGAACUCGGAGACGUCUGACCUACUGGGGAAGCACUGCAGCAACAUCGCCCCGGCACCAAUCAUAUCGUCAGGGCCCUCACUCCACAUCAAGUUCGUAUCGGACUACGCCCACCAGGGGGCAGGCUUCUCGCUGCGCUACGAAAUCUUCAAAACCGGUUCCGACUGUUCCCGGAACUUCACCACUCCCUUGGGUCUCAUUGAGUCGCCGGGCUACCCCGACAAAUACCCCCACAACCUGGAGUGCUCCUUCAUCAUCAUUGUCCCUCCCAGCAUGGAUGUGACCCUCACCUUCCUCACCUUUGACCUGGAGAACGACCCCUUGCCGGGCGGAGAGGGGGACUGCAAGUACGACUGGCUGGAAGUGUGGGACGGGCUCCCGGGAGUGGGCCCUCUGAUUGGUCGAUACUGUGGGACCAGGGUACCUCCUGAGAUCCAGUCAUCUACCGGGAUUCUCUCUCUGGCCUUCCACACUGACAUGGCUGUGGCUAAAGAUGGCUUCUCCGCUCGAUACAACAUGACGCACAAGGAAGUCAGUGAGACGUUCCACUGUAGUAAUGCAUUCGGACUGGAGUCAGGAAAGAUCACAGAUGACCAGAUCACAGCCUCGUCAAGUUUCUACGAUGAACACUGGCUGCCACGACAGGCCCGACUCAAUUACCAUGACAACGGAUGGACACCCAAUGAAGACAGCAACAGGGAGUACAUACAGGUGGACCUCCAUACCUUGAAGGUGCUUACAGGCAUCGCCACGCAGGGCGCCAUUUCAAAGGAAACUCAAAAGGCUUACCAUGUCACCACCUUUAAGCUGGAGGUCAGCACCAACGGAGAGGACUGGAUGGUGUACAGACAUGGCAAGAAUCAUAAGGUUUUCCAUGCCAACACUGACGCCACAGAGGUGGUUCUCAAUCGGAUCCCACAGCCGGUCCUGGCCCGCUUUGUACGAAUCAGACCUCAGACGUGGAAGAACGGCAUCGCACUGCGGUUCGAACUCUACGGCUGUCAGAUUACGGAUGCGCCCUGCUCAGAGCUGCAAGGCAUGUUGUCUGGGCUGCUACCCGACUCCCAGAUAUCUGCGUCAUCCAUGAGAGACAUCCACGGCUCCAUGGGGGCAGCCAGGCUGGUGGCCAGUCGGUCAGGCUGGUUCCCCAACCCGACACAGCCCAUAGCUGGAGAAGAGUGGCUACAGGUGGACCUUGGUGGGCUCAAGAUGGUGCGUGGCAUCAUUACCCAGGGUGCAAGAGGGCUAGAGGGCAGCACCAGCGCUGAGAACAGAGCGUUUGUCAGGAAGUACAAACUGGCGCACAGCUUGACCGGCAAAGACUGGACUUACAUCACUGACAGCAAGACUGGGUUUGCAAAGAUUUUCGAGGGGAACGGCCACUACGAUACUCCAGAGGUGCGGAGGUUCGAUGAGAUAGUGGCCCAGUUCAUCAGAGUCUUUCCGGAAAGGUGGUCGCCUGCUGGGAUCGGCAUGAGGAUGGAGGUCCUCGGCUGCGACCUGCCUGAAACCACCACUGUACCUGACACUGUGACCCCCACCCUGCCCAGAGUUGAACAGACCACUGCUGCAAUGAGGCCAGCCACCACUCCGUCCCUGUCGGCUGUGUGUGACUUUGAGCAGAGCUUGUGCGGCUGGUCGGCUGAUCCCCAGUCAGGUGUGAGCUGGUCCCUGCACACAGCCAGCAGCACUGCCACUGGACACGGCACACAUGGAACGAGGCAGGAUCUGGCGCUGGGAUCAGACAAUUUCUCAGGAAACUACCUCCACCUGGAUGCAGGCGCCCAUACCCAGCGCAAGCGAGCCCGGCUGAUGAGCCCCGAGGUGGGGCCGGAGCAAGGCCCGCUCUGUCUCCUUUUCUACUACCAGCUCCAGGGGGAGGCACAGGGGAGCCUGAGGGUCCUGCUGAGGGACAGCGACCAGGAGGAGACGCUGCUAUGGGCUCUAAAAGGAGACCAGGGGCCUCACUGGAGGGAGGGCCGCACCAUCCUGCCACAAAGCCCCAAUGAGUAUCAGGUGGCAUUCGAGGGCUUUUUUGAUCACCCUACCAGAGGCCACAUCAGAAUAGAUAACAUCCACAUGAGCAACAGCAUUGAGCUGGAGCAGUGUACACAGCCUUUCCCUGCCUUAACUCCUGGCAUAACCAGGGGUGCCAUGUCUGGGAUGGAGCCCACAGUAGACACAGUGGCGGUGCAGCCUGUCUCUGCCUACUGGUACUAUGUGUUGGCGGGAGGCGCUGCCCUCUUGCUGCUGAUCACUCUAACCGUGGUGGUGACACUGUGCUGCCAUCGGUACCACUGGGCGCCCAAGAAGACCAGCGGUAGUCAUCACCAUUCAGUGAUGUACCACAACAGCCAACAUCCAAAUCAGCAAGGUCACCAAAACUCCUACCAGAACCAAAACCUCAGCUAUAAUCUGAUUGGGAGCCCCACCCAAAACCCCCUGUACCCAGGUACUGGGCCAAGUCUUGACCCAAUGCUUACCAUCAGACUGGAGAAAGAUGACAGCUAUGAUUCCCAAUGUUGAAAACAAUUGGACUACAUGUGAAUGAUAUGAUUUUAUAAGAAUGCUUUGUUCAAAUAAAGCAAAGAAAGGGUGUGAAAACCCCCUGAAAUACAGCCGUAUUCAGCAUAAUCGCCACUCUUCGCUGAUGAGAAUCUACAUGAAAAAGACACUGCAGUUCUUGUUACUGAUGACUGAUCUAAUUAACUGAUCAGCAUGCACCUUUGCUAAACUUUCUCGUGGCUGGCACAGGCAGAAUGAACUGCUGACAUUAAACUUUACCAUCACUGGGGAGAGUAGAUGAAAGAACUUCAAUUGCCAAUUCUGAUGGCGGCUGAGUGCCUGAUUAAAGUGCCACUUCUUUUUUUUUUUUUUUUUUGCAUACUGGCUUUUACAGAUGCACCCCAACCUGAAAAUGAAAUGGAUUGUGAUCAGGAUAACAGGUAGACUGCCUAACAGACUGUGGACAAAACAUGCAGUGUACAUUGUCACUGUUAUAACAAUCCUCUUCUAGAAAUAUCGGAGCAGGAUGUGUCUGUCUGGCCUGCUCUGAUCUGCAGCUUGGACACUGCCUGCCUCCAAAUACCCUGUCUGACACAGAGGAGAUUUACACACAGGUACAGGGAGAUAGAAGUCACAAUGUGUGCUGCAUAAAGAAACAAGGCUUGUUCUCUGGGUCUGAAUGAAACUGCUGUUUAUUUGUGCACUAGCCUUUCAGAGAGCGAGAGUGACAGAGACGGAUUAAGGACAGAAAAGGAAGAGGUAUGGGGAGAAUUAGUGUUGCCCGUCCAGCCAUGACAGAUAGACGGCUACAUAUCCACCGUGGGUGACUCCUUUGGUCUAUGAGCAAGGAAUCAGUGCUGUGCUGGUCUUUGUCUGGUUUACACGGAGGGAAGAUAGGAUGAGACAGCUUACAUCGCAGACCUACUGCAGAAACAAACACUCUGAGCAUCAAGACACACAAAGGCUCAAAAGUCUCCAACACAUAUGCACGAACACUUCAAAACUUUUCUAAUAAUUGAGUCUUGUGUGUUACCCUGAGUGCAUUUUUCAUUACAUCCUGAUAUGCCUUUCUUAAAAUGUGCUUUAAAACUAUUACCUCUUCACCUCCAGAAAAAGGUUGUGCCUCAGUGUUAAAUUAGAGUAUGAAUGGACUCUAUAAAGUUUUUUUUGCCUUGAAGUUUUUAUCUGCCUUGAUAGAUAAUCCAAUGCCUGUCUGUUAAUGUUCAAACUAAACAUCUUUGUAUGCAGUUGUACUUUUCUUUGAAGUCUGUGCAAGUUCAAAUCUUUAUGUCUGUUUGAUGUUUUUGCGUGACAAAUUAAUAAUUUGAGAAAAUCAGAAUGGUUUGCCUGGUGACCUGAAAGUGUGGUCCACUUGGCUACGCAGAUUUGCUUGUAUUCAACAGGUGAGACCAAACUAAUGCUGUGAGAAAGAGUUUCUAUACUUAUGAAGCCUAUUAGAAAACCACUGAUCCAGGAUCACUGGUCAGUUCCUUUAAUUAUUUUAUUCACCAUGAUCUGUCAAAUAAGACUGAUUCCAGUGCAGCACAACCGUCACACAGAUGUCUUGGUGUUUUCUUAAUCACUUGUCUAACUUUAUGUGUUUGCAUUAAGUUUUCACAUUUUCCAAUGUUUACACGGAUGAGUUUGCAUAAAAAGUGGUGUGACAUGAUGCAUUUUUGAAGUUGGGUUAAACGUUAUUGCAAUGUUGGGCGUAACAUUAGCACUUUUCUGCUUCUUGAUACUGGUUUUAAUGAAGGCUUUGAUGAUUUAUAUUUACUGUGAAUCUUAAUAUAAAAACAAGUUGAGUAAUGUACUGGUUGUGAAUUAAAUAUAAUUUCUUUCUUUGUAAUCACAUGUUACAGUAUGCCUACAUGUGCUUCUGAUGUAUAAUAGUUAUACAAUGUUUAUUUUUUUAUACGCACUGACUAUUGUUUUAAGGCAACAGUUAUGUUGUUACUGUUCACUGAGAUGACCUUAACAACUUUUCUUGACUUUCAUUUGAUGUGAAAUUCUCACGUUGAAGCCAUUUUGCAACAGCAAAUGUGUGUCCCUUCAUUUAAAGCACCAAGCUUCAUGUAGGGACAGCAAACGGAGGCAAA